AUGAUUAAUGAUGAUUCAAAGGUACUCUCUGUAAUUAAAUUUUUGUGCUUUUUGUCUUCUACUAUAGCAAUUACUAUAUCAUUUUAUGAUAUAGUUCGACAUUUCCAAAACUACAGAAAACCGUUAGAGCAAAGGUUAACUAUUAGGAUACUGCUGGUUGUACCUAUAUUUAGUUUGACUUGUUUCAUUUCCAUAGUGAAACCUGGAUUUGCUCAUUUCGUAACUGACCCAAUUAGGGAAGUAUAUGAAGCAUUUAUCAUAUUUACGUUCUUCUCGUUAUUAACUCUAAUAUUAGGUGGUGAAAGGAAAAUUGUCUCAGAGUUAUCAUUGGAACAUGGUACUAUAAAGCAGCCGGUAUUUAUCAUUGGUAAUUUUUUGAAACCACUAGAUCUCUCAGAUCCUGAAGACUUUCUCCAAGUAAAGAGAGGUAUCCUUCAAUAUGUUUGGUUCAAGCCGUUAUAUUGCUGCAGUCUUUUAGCAUUGGAAACCUGGAAAUCUAUAAAAGCAAGAUACUUACUAUUGUUUCUAUACAAUAUAUCGGUAACUUGGUCCCUCUACAAUUUAGCUUUGUUCUGGAUAUAUUUUGCACCAAAUUUAAAGAAGUUUCAUCCUUGGAGCAAAUUUCUAUGUGUUAAACUAAUUAUAUUUGCAUCAUAUUGGCAAAGUGUUAUAAUAGAACUUCUUAUUUCGGUUGGAAUAAUGGGUAGCAGCGGAGAUGGACCUGAGGAAAGAGCUCAUUUUAGCUAUAUUUGUCAAAAUACAGUCUUAUGCUUAGAAAUGAUAUUUUUUGCCUUACUACAUGUUAAAGCAUUUUCAUGGUCAGAUUACUCGUACAAAAUUUUACCCAAAUGUGCUAGAAUGGAAUUCAUGUACGCUUUGAGGGACACUUUCUGUGCGUAUGAUGUAAAAUGGGAUUUCAAACAUACUUUACUCGUUGGUUCUAAUUAUUAUACCUAUCAAAACUUUGACAUAACAUAUACGGACGGGGAUUUAAUGGCGGCUAUGUCUUUUGAGUCACGGAAUAGGCAACUUCAUAAAGGAUUUCGAUUUAGCAAUGAUGGAAGGCAAAGGUAUCAAAUAACCGAUUAUGGUAGCAUCUUGGAUGGUGAUCCUCUUAGAGCUGCUGUUUCUUAUGGAAGCAAAAACGCAUCUCACGAACUAGAAGAGGAGGCUUGGGAUAACAGCAUAGGAGAAAUGCAGUAUAGAAUUGAUGAUCCGAACUAUCCAGUAAUUUGGGAAGUAGCAGGUCAUCGUUAUACCAAUGAUAUGAAUACUAUCCGUGAGAGUUUACGAAAUUCUAAUGGAUAUAAUUAA